UAAAUGAGGAGUUGGGGUGGUGGAGGGAUGCGGAAGAAUUGUCAAGGGUGUAAGACUAUUAUAUGCUUAUGAAAUGCAAUGCAGUACGUGGCUUGUGCCUUGGGAGAAUUGCAUUGUGUUGUAUCGGUUUCGGUCAAGGAACCUGUGGAGUGAUGUGAUUGGCUGGUCAUGGAUUUCCAUAGCUAACUGCUCUUUGAGAACAGUCCCAGCAUAAAUACUCUGCCACACCUGAACAAUUACAUACAAGCCACUAGUUCUUUACAGGACACAAUAUUGCACAGGCUCUGCUCUACAUCUGGAGACAAUCUGUAAUCUCUGUCAGCAUCAUGACCUCCAGUUUCUCUACGCAUAGCUACUCUCUGGGGCGGCAACUCUCAUUUUCCAGCAUGUCCUUGCGUGACUGUGGGGUUCGGGGGCGCUCUAAAGUCCCAGUGUCCCUGUCCUCAGCCAAUACUUUGUCCCUAUCUCGUUCCACCUCUCUUGGAAAUGGCCUAAACGUCCUGAGCAACCUCUCACUGAAUGGUUUGAGAGUUGGUGUCAGUGAGAAAGAGACCAUGCAAGGUCUAAAUGACCGACUGGCCAGCUACCUAGAAAAGGUGCGUUCACUUGAGAAGUCCAAUGCUAACCUGGAGCUGAAGAUUAAGCAGCUGAUGAUUGAGCGUGCACCCAAGGGUCACGACAUUGAGGGACUGAUGGCUCAAGCACAUGCAAUUGGACAAGAGGUGAGGAAAAAGACCUUGGAGAACGCUCGUAUAAUGCUGGAGAUUGACAAUGCCAAGCUUGCGGCAGAUGACUUUAGGGUCAAAUGGGAGGCAGAAGCGACUCUUUGCCAGUCAGUUGAGAGAGAUUGUCAUGCCUUGAGAAGGGCUAAAUCUGAUCAUGAUCAGAUCAUCACAACCCUCCGAGGAGACCUGGAGAGUCUGAAAGAGGAGCUCUAUUUCCUGAAGAAGAAUCAUGAUGAGGAGAUGAGCUCUCUGAAGUCCCGUCUAGCCAAUGAGCAAGUGAAUGUGGAGGUGGAUGCAGCCCAGGGCCCAGACCUAGGAGGCAUUAUGGCUGAGCUAAGGGCCCAGUAUGAGUCGAUUGCACAGAAGAACAAAAAGGACACUGAAAUGUGGUACCUGAAGAAGCUGGAGACCGUGCAGUCACAGGUGAAGGAUAGUAAUGAGGCUUUGCGUUGCACUCAAAGUGAGCUGAAUGAAAGACGACGCUUCCUGCAAGCUUUACAGAUGGAACUGGACAGUUUGCGCAAACAGGUUGGUGUUCUUGAGGGGAACCUUGGAGAGACGAAUCAAAAAUACACUUUUGAGAUUGAACGACUUCAGGGUGCACUUACACAGUUGGAGGAUGAACUUUCACAGCUGCGUUUGGAUAUGCAAAAAAUUAAAACCGAUUAUGAACAGCUUCUGCGAAUCAAACAGAAUUUGGAGCUGGAGAUCGCCACAUACAGAAGAUUGCUGGAUGGAGAGGAAGUGAUAAAAGAAACACCUCCACCUAAAAAAGAGCCUCAAGUGAGAACCAGGAAGAUUGUCAAGGUGGUCACCCAGACCAUGGUAAAUGGACAGGUGGUGGAUGAAUCAAGUGAGGUGGAGCAGAUAGAGGAACGAAAAAAGUCUGAUUCUUUGCGGCGAGUUGCAUUAGAGCGGGUUAUUUAAGAUUAGCACAAAGUCAGACAGUGAAACUAAAUAUAUGAGAAACUAGCUGAUAUCCUGAAUGAGGUACUAAUUGACUGGUAGAAAAAUUAUAUGUAUAGCUGUGGCUUGGGAUUUAAACCUAGUCUGGUUACAGUGGCUGUGCAUGAUACUGUGUGUGAAACUGAGCCAAACGACUAAAUCAAGAGGUACUCAGUUUGAGAACCACCGACUGAAAAAGCCCUGACACCAAAACUCUGGGGUUUCAAAUAUCAUGCUUUUGUGAGGGUUUUUUAUACAUGACAAACAAGUGCCUUUACUUUGGUUGGACGGAUGAUAGCUGCACUAAUAAUCUCAUUUAUUUUGAGGUUGUAAGAUUGAAGAUUUAAUUGGUUAACAAUAUUAAAUCCAUUUAAAUGCUACAUUGCUAAGUUUACAGUAUGUUAUUGCAUUGUGUCUUUAUGGCCACAGGCCAGUUUCAUAUAUCCAUGACCUGAAAACUAGAAUCUGUUAUUCCUUUUUAAUGAUAACUGAAAUUUUCCAAUACAUCAUUUAAAACAGCCUUAAAACAACAUAUAUCUUGAGUAUUUGGGAUAACUUUUUGCGCAUACACUAUGUAAAUGUAACAACACUUAAAAACAAAAAUAUGGGGCAGAUUAAAAAAGAGCACAUUAGUAAUAAACAAUCUGUAUUUUUGAUCUUUUAUUGAUAUAGAGGGCACAUAUGACAAACAGAGUUGUGUGAGAUGUUCAGAGUCUGGAGUGCAGCUCCUUAUGUGGUAUAUAUAUCUCAUAUGCAAACCAAUGUACAAUAUGAUGGGAAAACAUGAUAAUCUAUCUAAUACAAAGACAUUUUGACAAUAAACUUCAGACUGAUCAGCCAGAGUGUAUGAGUGCAUUCAGUGAUUCUAAAUGUAUUUUUUGGUCUCUUUAUGAAACAUUAGAUCAUAUUUUGCUAUCUGAACCUGUAAAGUAGGUCCACCUUGCCAUUGUUUGUGAAUGAUUGUUACUGUAAGACAAAAUACUCAAAGGAAGCAGGAAGGACAUCUUGGUCUUGAGUUGACGAUGCUGAAGUCUUUAUUGUUAUAUAUUUAAUGUUUCAUUUAUUAUUUAAUGUAUUUAAAUAUAGUGAUUCGUGAUCAUUCCAUUAAAAGAAUAGUUCACCCCAAAAUGAUAAUUCUCUCAUCACUUACUAACCCUCAUGCUGUCUCAAAAAUGGACAUAGUACAUCCUUCAACAU